AUGUGCACAGGAAAGUGUUCUAAGUUUAUUGGGGUGUCAUUGUACCCCUUCACUCUCAUCUGCAUUAUCUGCAACCUUAUCCUCCUCUUCCCAUCAUGGAGUGUGGAAUAUGUAAAAGACGCAAGAAAUCAUCUCACCCCUGAAGUACUGUAUCUAGGAGGAAUCAUUGGUGGAGGAGCACUGGUCCUUAUUCCAGCAAUUCACAUUCAGGCCACAGGACGCAAAGGAUGCUGCAACAACCGAUGUGGUAUGUUCCUGUCCAUCCUUUUUGCAGCCAUUGGAGUGGUUGGGUCUGGCUAUUGCUUUAUAGUGUCAGUUCUUGGUAUGGUAAAAGGACCAGUCUGUAACAUCGAUCCUUUUUACAACAGUACCUCAAAUGCGACAGGCUGGGGGCGUCCUUUUGAUGGGGAUCUUAAAGAGUUCAGUGAGGAAAAUUACCUCUUUAAGAAGGAUUUAUGGAAUGUUUGCAAACAACCCUCUGGAGUUGUUGAAUUCAAUAUAAUUUUGUUUUCCAUUCUCCUGGCAUCAAGUGCCAUUGAACUUGUCCUUUGUGCCAUACAGAUGAUAAAUGGUCUCUUUGGUUGCCUUUGUGGAGCCUGUGGGGGAAACAAGGAUUAAACUAGAAAUAUAGCUGGACCAAUUGAAGAUGAAGACUCCAAACUUCCCACUACAGAGGCUGGUUCCUUUGGUGGUAUAAUAACUAGACAGACCCUUACUGAGUGCAUGUUGAUUUACUGUGUACUUUGAAGAUAGAGGGUUUAUGUUUAGCUUGCACAUCUUAAGUAACCCACAGCGUGUGAAGGAAUCUAUUCCUGACUGCUUCUUACUUCUGUGUACAUAGAAUUUUUAUUGUUAUUUAUAAUUUGUAUCAAUUUCAAUGUUUGAAUAAACGUACAAUUUCUCA